CAGCCAUGAUGAUCAGUUGUUCCGUCGCAUGAAUUGACUUUAUUCGAUGUUUGCGUCCCUCAUUUCUGACGAAAAAUGUCAGAGAAAAAUAGGCCACUACAGCAAUUAUCUUCAAAUUCAAUUUCUGCAAAGGAAUUAGCCAGGUAAAGGUGUUUCAUGUGUUCAUGAAGUUGCUUCUAACUUCAGGUAUGAAUUAUUUCCUAACUCUGCGAUCAGUUUCUAGCAAUGGAAUAUUUUUAGAAGUUUAGGUUUGGUCAAGAAAGGACCCUCGUCCUCAGAUCGACGGAAAUGUCGCGCUAAGGAGAUGAAACAACGUAAGUAUAGCAUCUACUUUACUCAAAAGAUACAUGUAUAUUACAUCAAAAUGAUUUCGGUGAGUUAAACUCACUGUUGGACUCGAGAAAUCUAAACGAUCUACAGUUUCACUAUCAGGGAAAAGAAAAAAUUACUUUUCACUGAUAGAUUAUAGGAACCCAUAACAUCUCUGAAUUAAAAAUUAGACGAUCAGUUUUGUGAAAUUUAUUAACUGAUUAUAAGUUUAAUGUAGAAUUGAACGACAACUGAUCACUUAUAAAUUAAUACUUUUCAUUCCAAAGUCUCAUCACCAUAGAUUUUAGGACGUAGUGACCCAGGUCAGUAGGGUAAUUUGGGUGUCGAAUUGCAACGUAUAUUCAAUUUCAUGAUAGUUAAUUAAUAAAUAUGUAUAUUUUUCACUUACUGGCUUUCUUAUUUCUAUGGCAGGUCAAUAUUUUUCAUACCUAAUUGUUCUUGACUUUGAGUCCACUUGCUGGAAAGACAAGAAAAUGAAUUAUGCCCCAGAAAUAAGUAAGUAUCAGUUUUGUCACCAAAAGAAGACCUGCAUAUUAAAAAAGAUUUGAUGUUUUCAUGUGAUGGAUGCUAGAAAAUAAAUCAUAUUUAAUUGUUUGAAUGUGAAAAAAAAAACAUAUACAUGUAUGUAGUGUGGAAGUCCACAGACCAGGCACAGUUUUGGCGCUUGUUGUGCCAAACCUUAAAACAUGCUUAAAAAACAGUUAUUUUUAUUGUUUUAAAUUACUUUUGAUUUUUUUUGGGUGCACAGUUGAAUUCCCUGCAGUGCUGCUAAAUACAAACAGUGGAGAAAUUGAGUCUGAAUUCCAUAUGUAUGUACAGCCUCAAGAGCACACAAAACUGAGUGAUUUCUGCAAAGAGCUGACAGGAAUAACUCAGGUAUGUUCUGAAAAGCACCAUUUUAAUGCUGACAGAGGCAUUCUGAUUUUUUUAAUGUUUCUCUCAGAAAAUGUUGUCAACUGUUCAAUUUAUGGAAAAACUAGUCUGUUUGCUUUGUUUUUCUAAGAUCAUUGUUCAGUGGGCAAAAAAAGUAAGAGCUGUGGGCAGGGAUUUAAAAACAGGCCAGUGACUGCCAGAGUUCUGCUGGCUACUUGUAAAGUGUUGCCAGUUACUCAGCUCAAAAUAAUCACCUUUUGGCCCUUGAUGAACUUUUUACAGUCACCUACUUUUGUCAAGUCUGGCGCCUACUUAAAAACAAUAUGAAAACCUUAGUUGUGGGAUAUUUAAAGAACUUGAAUACUACAUACAGCAACUGGGGAAUAGCCUUUCUUUCUUGAAUAUGUCAAAAAAUGUGAAAAGCUUUGGGCAGAAUAUGGUAAAACUAUCUGGACAGACAAUUUUAACCAACUGCACCUAAAGUUAUGGAGUCAUAAUCUGAGGAUCUCCUUUGCAAAAAAAAUUGCUUGAUUAAAUGCUCUCCAACUGAAAUGUACUUUGUGACAAUUUUUCAAGUCCUUAAAGAUAUUUGCAAAUAAACGUAUCUGAAAAUAUCCUCUAGGCUCAAGUGGAUGGUGGUGUUCCCAUUGGCACAUGUCUGAUGCUGUUUGGACGUUGGCUACAAGAGAUGAAGGACAAAAAAGGAUUCAAGUUUCCUUGUGAAGAUGGACAAAAACAAGAUCAAGAAAACAGUACACAUUGUUGGAUUAAGUGGUGCACAUUUGUUACAUGGUCAGGUAAAUGUGAUUUCCAUCUUCUUGUUCUCCUGGUGCAGUAUAUGACCAGGUUCUGGUGAUCAGCAGAUUAACCCAGCACUUAAAAUUGUUUCAAGGUAAUUCUCAUGGUAGAGCUAAUAUCACUUUCUGAAAUUUAUUUUGCGCACAUUAACUCCUGAACUUUUCUAUUGAGAUACCUUUAUUUUUUUUGUUGUAAUUUUUUUUAAAUUAAUAAAGACUGGGAUUUGGGAACUUGUCUCAAGAAUGAAUGCAACAGGAAGCAGCUUAGAACACCUCAUUCAAUGAGGAGCUGGAUUGACCUCCGAGCAACAUAUAGGGUAAGCUGUAAAAAACAAAAAUUUACAACUGAUUGAUAAUGGUCAUUUACUUUUGACAGAGCUAUUGUGGGGCUUAUCACUUGUAUUAUCUCAAAGUCUUUCCCUAAAGAAGCUCUCAAUGUUUAAAAACACAACCCGAGGAGGACUAUGCACCAGGGGAGAGAAUCUGAUGAAUCACUUUCUUGGUCUCUCUCCUUUUCCCUCCCUUCAGCCAAUGUGCUCGUUUUCUCCUCAAAUUCUUGUCAGCUUAUUGUGACAUUCUCCUUUUUUUUGAUCGGCUGUUAAGAUUACUUUGGUUUUUGUUUUACAACACUCAGUCGGAAAGCGUUCCAUCCUCUCUCAUGAUGAAUAUACCUUAAGUAUUCAUUGUGUAUACACUAACCAAAACCUUUACUCAUUUUGGAUAGAAUUUUUACUGUCGUAAGCCUCAGGGAUUGGCAGGUGCUCUUCAAGAUCUGGGAAUCAAAUUUUCCGGAAGAGAACAUUCAGGUACUUAUCAUUAACCAUUUCUCUUGUUGUAGUUAUCUUAAAACUUUCACCUUUAACCUUGUAAUUCUUGUUAACGAGAAAAUAGUUAAAAAUCUUUUACUUGCAUGAGCGGACUAGUGUUAAAUAUCGGUUACUAUAAAAAGACAUUUCAUAAAACUGAUUUUAAAGAAGUUCUACCGUAACAUGAACAGAAGAGUAGCUUCUUAGAUUUUACACUGAGCGCUAAUUUUUAGCGCUUGCCGAAAUAAAAAAUCCAAUGAAUCUAGACUCAAACAGUAAGAGACAUGUUCUAGGCAAACACAUUAGUGAUGUCUUUCUUUCUAAACAAUAUUACCGCCCUUUCUGAAUCUUCACAUGUGCGCUCGGUUUAUUGGUAUGGCUCUCUUUCUGAUAUCUUACCUUCCUUUUGUGAAAAUGUCAAUGAGAUCUGAAACAAGCUGCAACAAUUUCUUGACUUCAAUGAGGAAGCCUUUAGGAGAUGGGGCUAUAUGUAAAAAGAACGCAGGUAAGCUUGCUGAUCAAAAUAGAUUUAACUUUCCUGUUUUUCUCCAGGGUUAGAUGAUGCCCGAAAUACAGCUCGGCUUGCUUGGAGAAUGAUCUCUGAUGGAUGUGUUAUGCAAAUAACAAAGAGCUUAGACGGGGUGUGUACUUAGUGGGUAGAAAUUGUUUCAUACACGUAUGAGCGGUGUGGCAUGCCUUAUCAAAUGCUGUUUCAGAUGAAGCCGGAUUUAUUUGACUAUUACUAGUAAAGAACUUUAUAUUCUCUUGACCUCCCUCCGUUUUGAUCGGCAUAAACAAAACAGUAACUAAAUCAAACUCAAGGACGGAAUGAGACUCUCGAAAAACACCUACACUGCACUCAUUUUGACAGUGACUGGUCUGGUCCGUAUACUACAACUGAAAGAAAGCGUCCCUAACAUUUUGUUGAACGGGAGAGGUGCGGUCUUAAAUUUAUGCUAAAAAGAGCUCAGUGGGUGUUGCUUCUACUCAGAGCGCAAACGGAGUUUACGUCUUGUGAAGCAUAGUUCUGGCAUUUUAUUUUCGUCUAGACUUGUUUUCUUUUGUUUUGCGUCACCUUUUUCGGUAACACGAAUUAGGAACCGGGGAUUUCUCGUCGUGACUUUGGUUAGUUUUGGGCCAACAAUAAGUCUUUGUUUAUCAAAAACGCAAUAAAGUCCUCUUCAGUUCAGCUGAGCGUUUAAUCUUAGAGUGGUUUAGAUUUUUCCCGUGUUCAAAUCGAGUCUGUGAACUUGUACAUAGUCGGUUCUAUUUCCGAACAAUGUAAGUUAUCGAAUAAAUACUCCCCAUUUCAUUGAAGUUUGUGUCUUCCUUUUGUCUCCCCUGUUUGUUAUUUUUCUUGUCGUCAAAGAGGAAACGGAUCCACGUCUUCAUUCAUUAACGAACCAGUGUUUUAAACGAGAAAAGUCUGCAUUUCACUUGAAUAAAGAUAACGAACUGCAACCAAUCACUGCAAAUACUUAACAAGUUGCGAUGAAACGAAGUCUUUGUGCAUUGUAAUGUUCUGGUUAUGUUUAUUAAUAGAAGGUAGCAGAGAGCUCUGACACAGACUCCUUAGUGAGAUCGAUCAGUCUGAGACUUUUAUUGCGAUUUUCUUUUCUCUAGAAAGAACAAUUUAUAGCCUUGAGAAGGAUGGAAAACAGACCCGGAAAUUAUGAAAUGAACGUUUUAUGAACCUCGUAUUUCUUAUAUUUUUCAGAUGUGUGAAAAGCUUUGCGAGAUCGUUACUAAGAAUGGUUACUUGAAAACUGAUUCAUUGGCUACACAAGACAUGGAACCCACAACUGGAACUUUUCUCAAGCAUUCCUAUGAUGGCAAAGUGAAUUCUUUAACAGAGGCAAAAACCCGAAAGCUUCAAGUUCAACAAUCUACACUUCCAGAAAGAAAGACAUACAAAAGUUUACACGUUUCCUCUGGGCAAGCGGAGCGUCAGAGCGGAAGAGAAACUACUGGGCUUGAUAGGCAACGCGAUGAAGCUGUUAGCGAAAAAGUUGCGGUUAAUUAUUCACUUGGAAAAGUGACGAUCGCGGAGAAAGAUCACUCCGCGGAAAUUAAAGGAAGUGAGCUUAAAGACGGUCAUGAUGCGAGACUUAUGCCUCCUUUAACUGGUCUAAAAAGGAGGGCGCCACAAAAUAUUGUAGGAUCGGCUGCCGCAAAUGCUCGCCUGGUAUCCGAUGAGAGCUGCGAGAGCACUCUAAAGAGUCUUAUCGCUCCUUUAACAAGCUUGUCAAAUUUAACGAAAAGAGUAACAAGCAAUUAUGGAGAAUUUACUCAAGAGACACCCAAAUCCUCAGGUUCGGGGCUUCUUUUGAAGAGAGGACUGGUAAAACAAACUCUUAGCAUCAAGCAUUUCACAGCACUGGAACACAGCAAUCAACGAACAUCCCUUGGAGUUGGACAAAACGAAAGCUCCAAGCCAUGCAAACCAGGAAAUAUUGAAAUGUACGCUGCAACAACACCUUCGCUCACUGUCCAAGCAAAUAAAGCUCCUCUUAAAGAAAAGCACGGAGAGAAACAAAACUUGAACAAUGAUAACUGUACUUUCGCACGUCGAUUUAAUACAAAGUAUAACAAUUAUAAGAAAAAACCUAACCUCUCCACCCCUCCCUCAGUUACGACAAAAGUGAAUUCCUCUGUCACCCCACCCAUAGUUUGUUUUAACAGAGGCGGUGUCACUCCACCGCUGUGUCAGUGUGGGCGCCGCACUCGUCGGAGGUCUGUCGUUAAUCCGGGACCUAAUCAAGGCAGAGCUUUCUUUACGUGUUCGUUAAGUCAUGGUAGAUUAGGUCAAGAGACAAAUUCUGCUGAUAAAAAGGCUAAAAGAGGGUGUAGCUUUUUUCGUUGGGAGGUGAAUUUGUAG